GCCGUAUCUGUUACUAUAGCUAUCGUCAUAUUCAUUGUAGGAUUUCUUGGAAAUAUUUUGGUUGUUCUUGUAGUAUGUCGGACGAAGAGCAUGCACACCCCUACCAACUGUUAUCUACUUAGUUUAUCAGUGGCCGACUGUAUAGUUCUUCUUUCAGCCACACUUCCAGCAGUACCAGAACCAUUUUACCAAGUAAAUGAGUGGCCCUGGGGCCAUGCUAUGUGUUCUAUACUUGUCUUUUUACAAUAUCUUGGAGUUGAUGCUUCAGCUCUGUCCAUGACUGCUUUCACCGUAGAAAGGUAUAUUGCAAUAUGUCAUCCCAUGAAGGCGCAGAGAAUGUGCACUGUGAAAAGGGCAAUGAAGAUUACUGCUGCUAUUUGGAUAUUCACUCUUCUGUAUACUGCACCUUGGCUUGGUUUAACAAUGACAAGAAAGGACCCAAACUCUGGGAAGGAACAGUGUACAUACCGCCUUAAAAGGAAUCAGUAUUUGUUUUAUUACAUGACGGAUCUCAUCGCAUUUUACGUGUUGCCCCUCAUCAUUGCAGCAUGUUUGUAUGGUUUAAUAGCACGGAUACUGUUCAGCACCAACAUUUCUAAAACGCCCGGUGGAAAAUAUAAAGAAAACGGUCAAUACCGUGUUAAGAAAAACACCAGUUCCAGGAAACAAGUAGUUCGGAUGCUGAUCGUGAUUGUAGGAGUCUUCGCUACACUGUGGCUACCAUACCGAGCUAUGGUAGUCUACAACUCUUUCUCUAAACACAAAUACCUUGAUACGUGGUUUCUGCUGUUCUGCCGUGUUAUGAUCUACAUCAACAGUGCAAUUAAUCCCAUCCUUUACAACGCCAUGUCCGUCAAGUUCCGGCGAGCUUUUCAGAAAGUGCUCUGUUGCGGGAUACACACCAUGAAACAACAAACGGAAGUGUACAGCGAUGGAAUGUGCUAUGAGCGGACAUCUAUGGGUUUGAACAGAAACAUUCACCAAGAAAACACAUAUCUCAUGUUGCCGCACAAAGCCCUCUCCAGAUCCACAGAAUCCGUCAAUAACAGCCGCGAAUCCACCGAGAAAUUGACUAUUUAA